AUGGAAUGUGUUGGAUUGAGUUUACACAAGAUCAUGGCAGUAGAUCUCAAGGUUUCAUCCCACUCACCAAUUUCAGGUGAUGACAUUGCACAAUCUGCUACAACAACUCUGGAGUACUUCAGAACAGAAGCUCCCAUCAAUCUCAAAUCCAUUGGAACCCCAGAGACCCAUAGUCUCAAGAUAUCUGAGGGAUUGACUGGAAGUAGAAACAGCAAGGAAACCCAGGUCCCCAUGGAUCAAUCAUUCAGACAGAAAGGAAAAGAAAUACAGCAAGAUAAAUGGAACACCAUGGAUAUGAGAUAUCAGGAGAUAUUCAAAAAAGGUCCAGGAAGCCAUUCAAAUGAUCAAGAGAUUGUAUUAUUUGGGAAAAGAAUCAAGGUUAACCCUGGCAAAACAAUUAACAUCAGAGACUUUGCUAGUCACAAGAUGAACAGAAUCUGUAUGGUGUAUGCUAGGUAUCUAGUUGAAGAGUUUACAUCUUUAAUGAUAGUUAGAUUGUGUGGUGCAACAGGUUUACAGCCUCAAUCAACUUCAUUGAAACAAUAUGAUAAUUUGCUCUUUGCACCAUUUGUGUACUUUAUUCUGUUGAGGGACCCAAAAAAGGCUGUAUGGGAUCGUCUGGUAGCCAUCACCUCUCUCAUCAUGGUGGGAUUUCAUCAACGAGAAUCUAUUUCAGGAGAAAUUUUCAGCACCAAAAAGCUCCAACAAUUUAUGCUAUGGCAUACAGAAAUGAUGUAUCAUCUCACCAACCCCAAGUUACUGGAUUAUGUCAAUGAGCAGGAAAUUAUGUGCAAACAAAGUUCAAAUACUGGAAUGAACAGAGGAAGAUUUCCCCUUUCUAUUAUAUUAUCUGUACUAUCAAAUCAAGCAUCUUUUAAGAGGCUCUUCAAACAAGCAUUAAGGCACCAAUAUAAUCUGGCAGCUUCUUAUCUUCAGAACUUUUGGUAUAGGGACUAUCAAAAUCAUUAUCCGGGAUCAGAAAAAUCAGACAUUCCAAAGAUAUCAGUUGAACAAGAGUGGAACAGAAUAUCCAAAUCCAUUCUUGAAUCCUGUCAAUUAAACAACAGAUCAGAUUUCUUUUCAGCUCUGAAAGAAUUGAAUUCUGAUGAGCCAAUGAUAGGUGAAGAUGCUAUGAUGUUACCAUUAAAGAAUAUUAAAGGACCAAAGGACUUCAAUAAUGAUUUAUCUGAGAUCAAACUAAAUCAAGAAAAUCUUAGGACAGAUUUGGUCAAAAUAAAAGAAUCUAACAUCUUACAAGGUCUGAAGGUAUGGAUGGAAAUGCAUGAAAGGCAAGAAAUAGGGUUUUCUGAUCCAUUUUGUGUAACAGCUGUCUUUGAUUUUCUUGGAUCUAAGAGACCAAGUAUAGAUGUGAAUGUGUUCUGGAAACACAUGGAAGGAUAUGAAAAAAGUAAGAAAGUUGUCCGUAAAAAUGCAAAACAUCAUUACCAAAAAGUUGUAAGGGAUAAACAAAAAUGA